AUGAACUCUGAGGAAAGCGUAGCCGAAAGCAGCAGGAAAUCGAGGAGCAGCGACAGCCGAUCCUCGCAUCGCAACAGCACCAGUCCAAAGAGGAAUGAACCUCGUCGAACCAAGAGAAGCGAAGAAGAACUCAAGGCCAAGGAAAAGGCUCGUGCUGAGCGAGACAGCAGUGUUGCUGGGUCGAAUGUUGCUGACCGUACUGAUGUUGAAGCACCGAUUGAAGGCCAGAGUGGUCACAGCACCAGCAAGCAUAAAACUGGUAGAAGACGAGGCCAACAAGAUCGACUUACCAAGGCGGAUGCUGCAACAAAGGCAAAGGAAAUCCUGGAUCGACCGAGCCAACCAGUUACUGGACCGAUACCAGGUGCCCAUGCGGCCUCUCGUGGAACUGACGCUGGCAAAGAGAAACUUUCUGGAAAAGAGAGGAGGAAAGAAAGUAAGGCCCGUGGUUCUGAUCGUACAGACGCACCGAUUGAAGGCAGCAGCGGUCACAGCAGCAAGCAUAGAGCUGGUAAAAGACGAGGCCAGCAAGAUCGACUCACCAAGGCGGAUGCUGCCGCAAAGGCAAAGAGCCUCUUGGAUUCAUCGAGCCAACCGAUCACUGUGCCGAUGCCUGGGUCGCAUGCGUCCUCUCGUGGAACUCAAGUUGAUAAAGAUCGAUCCGCCAAGGAUUCUGCUUCCAAGGCAAAGAACUUGACUAUCAAUGGAUUGGUGCCCGGUGCCCACCAGUCUGGUAUAACGACCAAGAAAGGAAGAGGCAGCAGGCCUGUGUCGGCUGUGUCAGCUACGGAGGAAAGUCGGGUAGAAAGAAGAGCAAGACUUGAAGCUGAAAAGGGAGAUCAUCUCGAUCCUAUGAAUACGGAUGGACUCGUGACAGCUAAUGCUGUAGAAGACACUGAUGGAGACGAAGCUUUGGAGCUUGAUGGCAAAGGACCAAAGAAAGCCAAGUCGACGGCUACGGGAAUCUUUGUUCCGGAGUCAAGUGAAAACAACGAAGCACAGAAUGGCAAUUCGAAUCCAAGGAACUGGGAACGAUUCAAACAGAAAAAGAGCGCUCGGAUCUGUUGCUGCCUGCUUUUUAUCUUUGUUGUUGCAAUUGCCGGUAUUGGAGCAUGGCUUGGCACUCGUAACACGAAUUCAUCCGCCUCAAAUGGACCAUCACAAGUUGAAAGUGAUACAAUCGCAGAGACGAAUAUCACAGAUGUUCCAUUGGAAACCGACCCUCCAACUCAGGAUUCUUCGACGUUUACAAGUUCCCCUAGCGGAUCUCCAAGUACCAACGUCGAUGUUGAUUUUGAUCCACCCUUGGCAGAAGAUUGUGCCGCCGUCGCUAACGGAACUACCAUACAAGGCCAAGAAGCAAUGCCCGUGCAGAGAUACAAACUCGAGCUCGAUGCGACUCCGUUUCUUCCAAUGGAACUCAGCGUUUCAGCCGACAUCGUUGAGGAGAAGUUCCGAGAGUUGCUGGCUCUAGCUCUAACUGGAUGCAAUCGAGUUGUCCGAAACUUGCGAAGUCUUCGCUCUCUGGAAGGUUCCUUUGUGUAUGCGAUUGGAAAUGUGGCACUCAAUGCGUCAGGAGUCGAGGGGGUACAAUGCGACGAGGCUUCUAAUCUACGGUGUCAUCGAAUCAAUAUGGCUCUUGAUAUUGUGGUAAAGGAUGAUUCUGUGAAAGUCGUGGAUGUGAUUGGUGAAGUCAGUGCCUUUCUUGGAGACGGUGUACUUGCCGAAAAACUUGAAUUAGCUGGGCUCUACGAAAGAAUUAUCGUUACUAAUUUGGGAUAUAUUGAUUUCGCGACACCUCCGAGCAGCAACAAUGUGGCUCCUUCAGUGGUGCCGACACUCUUUCCCACUGCACAUCCCUCCCUUUUGCCGACACAAGCUCCAUCACAAAUGCCAUCCUUGACUCCUGUCAUCAUGGUUCCAAGGUCAACACCAAUGCCGUCGCAGACGAUGUCUCGCAAUCCUUCGCGGAGCCCAUCCUCUGUCCCAUCCCGAGUGCCAACCGAAACCCCAAGUGAAGCCCCAAGCAAUGCUCCAAGCAUAGCCCGGACACCUGGUCCUACUUUGCCACCAACCUCUCCACCCACGCUUCAGCCCACGACUGCCCCACCUACUCCUGUGCCAACCUCAUCUCCGACAGUGACUUGUUUCCGAUACAACAGCGAGCUUUCUGAUGCGGUUGGAAACUGGUUUCUGGACUCUGCUCAGUCAAAGGCAUCAGUCGAAGACACAUAUGGACCAAUCGGAGACUGGUGUUUUGGUACAGGUGUUACCAGUAUGGUAGAUCUCUUCCGUGAUCGCACUACUUUCAAUGAGGACAUUGGAAACUGGGAUGUCUCUUCUGUUUCAGAUAUGAGUGGAAUGUUUCAAUCUGCAUCAUCCUUCAAUCAAGAAAUGUCAUCCUGGGAUGUUUCUUCUGUCACAACAAUGGAAGCCAUGUUCGAUGGCGCGUCAUCCUUCAAUCAAGACUUGUCAUCAUGGAAUGUUUCUUCUGUAACGAGCAUGUCGGUCAUGUUCCGCAACGCACAAUCUUUCGAUCAAGACCUGUCAUCAUGGGAUGUUUCUUCUGUGACUGAUAUGACCGGGAUGUUUCACCUUGCAUUCCAAUUCAAUCAAAACUUGUCAUCUUGGGAUGUUUCUUCUGUGACAAAAAUGCCCUCAAUGUUCCAAUACGCAUCAUCUUUCAAUCAAGACUUGUCAUCCUGGGAUGUUUCUUCUGUGAGAGAUAUGAGUUUCAUGUUAGAAGGCACAGUGUCCUUCAAUCAAGACUUGUCAUCUUGGGAUGUUUCUUCUGUGACUACCAUGACAAACAUGUUCCACACUACAUCAUCUUUCAAUCAAGACUUGUCAUCCUGGGAUGUUUCUUCGGUCACACAGAUGAACGGAAUGUUCUUCAAAGCAUCAUCAUUCAACCAAGACUUGUCAUCCUGGGACGUUUCCUCGGUCAGACUCAUGCAUUAUAUGUUCGCGUUUGCAUCAUCCUUCAAUCAAGACUUGUCAUCCUGGGAUGUAUCUUCUGUGACAAGCAUGAAUUAUAUGUUCGCUGGAGCAACGGUCUUCAAUGGUGACUUGUCAGCCUGGGACGUUUCUUCUGUGAGAGAUAUGACUGACAUGUUCCAAGCUGCAUCAUCUUUCAAUCAAGACUUGUCAUCUUGGGAUGUAUCUUCUGUGACAAGCAUGAAUUAUAUGUUCGCUGGAGCAAUGGUCUUCAAUGGUGACUUGUCAGCCUGGGACGUUUCUUCUGUGAGAGAUAUGACUGACAUGUUCCAAGCUGCAUCAUCUUUCAAUCAAGACUUGUCAUCUUGGGAUGUAUCUGCUGUGGCUUCCAUGACAAACAUGUUCCACUCUGCGUCAACCUUCAAUCAAGACUUGUCAUCCUGGGAUGUUUCUUCGGUCACACAGAUGAACGGAAUGUUCUACAAUGAAAUGUCUUUCAAUCAAGACUUGUCAUCCUGGGACGUUUCUUCCGUCAGACUCAUGAAUUUCAUGUUCGGGUAUGCAUCAUCCUUCAAUCAAGACUUGUCAUCUUGGGAUGUUUCCUCGGUCACAGAUAUGAGUUGGAUGUUUUACUCGGCAUUAUCCUUCAAUCAAGACUUGUCAUCCUGGGAUGUAUCUUCUGUGGUUGACAUGAUGCGGAUGUUCGAGAGUGCAUCAAACUUCAAUCAAAACUUGUCAUCUUGGGAUGUUUCUUCUGUGAUGGACAUAAGUAGGAUGUUUGUUGGAGCAACAUCCUUCGAUCAGAAUCUUUGUGUGUGGAGGUCGCGCCUGCCAAGCAACACCAAUGUGGCCGACGUGUUUUUCAGCGCCACCAGCUGUCAAUCACAAUCCGAUCCGAACCUCUCUGGGAAUCUACCGGGUCCAUUCUUCUUCUGUAGCGCUUGCGAUUAG